GCCAGUUUCUGAAGUUUCUUUGUUCGACUCGAUUUUAAAUUUCAAACCUACUUCUCUCUCUCUCUCUCUCUCAUUUCUGUCGCUAACUUUCGAAUUUCUCUCUAUUUUCUACAUCAAUGGGCGUUGCACAAAAGGUGAAGGAGGCGGAGAUCACUGAGCAGAAGUCACUGCUUCUGACGAGGAAUUUGCUCCGUAUUGCCAUAUUCAAUAUAAGUUACAUCAGAGGCCUUUUUCCAGACAAGUAUUUUAAUGAUAAGUCUGUUCCUGCCUUAGAUAUGAAAAUCAAAAAGCUGAUGCCGAUGGAUGCGGAGUCACGCAGACUGAUUGACUGGAUGGAGAAAGGUGUCUAUGAUGCAUUACAGAAGAAAUAUCUGAAAACACUUCUAUUCUGCGUGUGUGAAGCAAUAGAAGGGCCAAUGAUUGAGGAAUAUGCAUUUUCUUUCAGUUACUCAAAUUCUGAUAGCCAGGAGGUCUCAAUGAAUAUCAAUCGCACUGGAAGCAAAAAACAGGGGGGUACAUUCAAAUGUAACUCCACAACCGAAGUUACUCCCAACCAGAUGAGGAGUUCUGCCUGUAAAAUGAUUCGUACAUUGGUUCAAUUGAUGAGAACUCUUGAUAAAAUGCCAGAAGAGCGCACUAUAUUGAUGAAACUUCUGUACUAUGAUGAUGUGACGCCAAUGGAUUAUGAGCCCCCUUUCUUCAGAAGUUGCACAGAAGAAGAAGCUCAUAAUCCAUGGACAAAAAAUCCUCUGAAAAUGGAAGUUGGAAAUGUCAACAGCAAGCAUUUUGUAUUAGCCCUGAAGGUAAAGAGUGUGCUUGAUCCUUGUGAGGACGAAAGGGAUGAGAUGCAAGAUGACGAAGUUAUCUUAGGGGGAGAUUCUAUGCAGAUGGACGAAUCUUCUGACUCAGGCAGUGAGGUCAGUCAAUCACAAGAUGAUCAAUACAUUGUAGCACCAGUUGGUAAACAACAACCAGAGGAGGAAAACGGCAUGGUUGAUGAAGAAACUCAAGAUCCAAUUGAAGAUGAAAACCAACUAGCUAGGGUGAAAGAAUGGAUAGACUCUCGUCACCUCGAGACGAUUGAACUUACUGAUGUCCUCUCAAAUUUCCCUGACAUCUCGGUGGUUUUGACUGAAGAAAUCAUGGAUACGCUUGUGAAGGAAGGUGUUUUAUCAAAGACCGGAAAGGACACUUAUACUAGAUACAAGAAAAAGCCGUUUGACUAUGAGUUCACUACGGUAAAAGAAGAAUUGGAUGGUCAGACACUCUCGAAGGGUGACAAAGCUCAGCAAGUUGAUGAGCGUACCUACAUGAAGGCCUUGUACCAUGCUCUUCCCAUGGAAUAUGUGACGGUCUCGAAGCUUCACAAGCAGCUGGACAAAGAAGCAAAUCAAACUACCGUGCGCAAAUUAAUUGAUAAAAUGAUUCGCGAUGGUUAUAUUGAAGCUAAAGGGAAUCGUAGGCUAGGAAAACGUGUGAUCCAUUCCAUUCUAACUGAGAGAAAGCUUAUGGAAGUGAAGAGCGUUUUGGACAGCGAUAAUAUGGAUGCGAAGAUCAAUGGAUCACAAAGCAAGUCUUGCCACGUAGCACGCGCAGCUGGAAGCAAUCUCAAGGAUUUGUCAACGUGCGGGGUUCUUCAUUCAGUUGGAUCAGAUCUCACACGCAUGAAGGGUACAUCCGACAUCAAUCAAAAUGAUUCAAUCAGGAAAACCAGGGAGAAUGGAGGCACUCCCAUAAGCAUGGCUGAGCCAGUUGCUUCGAGAGAGAGUUUCAUACCAGGAAAUGAGAAUCGCAGAGACAAUGGACAUUCCAAUUGCUGUGAGGAGGCAGAUGGGAUUAUCUGUAGUAGAUCCACCCAGGAAAAACGGUCAAGGAAAACAAGCACGGUCAAGGAGCCCAUCCUUCAGUACUCCAAGCGCCAGAGAUCUCAAGCCGUCUGAAAAAGUUUGACAAUGGGUGUUUACUUUGUUAAAGCUGUAGAACAUGUAACUCGGGAGUGAUAACAUCUGGUAGAAUAUAACUAUUGUGAAAUCGUGGUUAAGCCAAAGCUACUUUGCUUAGUUUCUAGGCCAGCAUUUUUAAUGUGGUCCAUGAACCAAACAACAGAAGCCAGUUUAGCGAAAA